GAAAAAUAAGCAGCAGUAAAAAGGGGAAAGGAAAGCGCACACUCGAAAAGUGUUUCAAAAACCCUCUCUUCUUCUCCUCCGUCACCGGCAACGACAGCUGAAACUCUGAAAGUUACGCUUCAAAAAUCUCAUCUCACAUUCAUACUACAACCGUAAAGGUUUCUUUCUUUCUCACCACUUCCUCAAAUUUUCAACCAAUGGAGAGAAGAAGAUUCGACGAAUCCUCUGUACUUCCUCACUCUAUUGCCGUCGGUUCAGGUCUCCGGUCUUCUCCUCCACCUCGUCCUCCCAAUUACACUUGUCGCCGUGUCCAGGGAGCAUUGAAGCACUUGGCAUCAAUUGAUCCAUUGGAAUUAUGUGAUGAAGCCAAAGUAGAGCACUGCCGGGCAACUAGAGAUCUAAGAAGUUGUGGACGACAUGUACAAAGUGUGUUGAAUUCAUGCGGUCAUGCCUCUUUAUGUGAGGAAUGCAGCCAGAGAUGUGAUGUUUGCCCUAUAUGUAGGAUCUCUUUACCAAAAGAUGCCGAUAGACUUCGACUGCGCCUAUAUUACGAGUGCAUAGAAGCAGGUCUCAUCUCCAAGAGGUGUGAUGAUAGAUUACAAGAGAAAGAGGACAGUGAUAAACAACUGGUUGCUGAUAUCCAGCGGCUUUAUACUUUGUUUGAUGUGGCACUGGAAAACAAUCUGGUUUCUCUAAUAUGCCACUAUGUGAUAGAUGUUUGUAUGGAUGAAAGUGCUGUGUCCAGUGAUCCCAUCAUUGCUUUCUUGCUUGAUGAGGUGGUGGUCAAAGAUUGGUGCAAGAGGACGUUCAACAAUAUUUUGACCGAGAUUCAAGUGAUAUAUAAUCUAUCCAUGAAUGCACUGAAAGAGAACUUGAGUUUAUUUCUCAAGUUCUCUGUGAAGUUAGGUGGUAUCUCUAACGUCAUUGACGUCUUGGAAUCAUCAUUCAAAGGUUCUCUUUCUGCAAAGCUUCAUGAUCUACACCACCUUCAAGAGAGCAUCUUAAAGACAAAACAGCAUGUGGAUAUUAUGAUUUGGUGUAUAAGGCAUGAGUUCUUGGAGAAUGUGAGUUCUAGGCAUAGAGAUUUUGCAUCGUGGCGAGCUCUGGUCAGUGGAAGGAAAUCAGCUGCAAUUAAACGUGCAUGGCCCGAUUCAAUAAGUCAUUCUGAGGAAUCCAAUGGACAAUAUCGUUCCACUCUCUUUAUUGAAGAUGCUCUUUCGAAUAUUGAAGCAGCAGAGCAGGGAGACGUAGAUGAUCAUGAAGAAGAGUUAGCACUUGCCUAUUUGCAGAAGGAUGGUGGUUCUUUAUAUUCGAGGUCAAAAAUAGAGGGAAUGGCUGGAUGCUAUCCAUUUGAGAAUUUGCGAGCUGCUGUUGACAUUCUCUUUUUACGAGGAAGUUCAGACUUGGUGGUCGCAAAACAAGCAACUUUCUUGUAUUAUAUGUUUGACCGGCAAUGGACAGUACCUGACGAGGAGUGGAGACAUAUCAUUGAUGAUUUUGCUGCCACUUUUGGUGUGACCAGACACUCGCUAUUGGAAUCCUUUACAUUUUUCCUUUUAGAUGAUGAAGGUGCUCUGGCUCUGAAGGAAGCCUGUCAACUUCUCCCAGAAAUAUCAAGUCCAACAAUACACCCGAAGGUUGCUCAGGUUCUCUUGGAGCGGGAAAACCCUGAUGCAGCUCUCAUGGUUCUGAGGUGGUCUGGACAAGACGGGACACAGCUAGUUUCACUUCGGGAGGCUGUGACUGCUGUUCGUGUUCGGGUAGAGUGUGGACUUUUGACUGAAGCAUUCACGUAUCAGAGGCUGGUCUGUGCUAAGAUCAAGGAAAAGAAGUUGAGGGGCGAACAAUUUCAGAGUGCUUGUGUUGAAGUAGAGGAUCAAUCCUGGUCGUGGGGUCUCUGGGUGGAGACUCUUGUCACUGAAAUUUGUUGUCUUUGCAUUAGGAGAAACUUGGUUGAUCGUAUGAUAGAACUGCCAUGGAAUGCUGAUGAGGAGAAACAUCUUCAUAAAUGCCUGCUGGAUUUUGCUGCGGAGGAUCCUUCCACGGCCAUAGGAAGUCUUCUUGUAGUUUUCUAUUUACAGCGUCAAAGAUAUGUUGAAGCAUACCAAGUUGAUCAGAAGCUUCAGAGCAUGGAGGAAAACUACAUUUCUAAAAAUUCCGCCACAGAAGAAGUCUUAGACAGGAUAAAAUCAACAAAUCAUUGGAGAACUUGUUUGGUUGUAAGUGAACUUGAUCUUUUUGAUUUGUUGUUCUCUAUGCAUAUAUAGGGUUUGAAUAUUUAC